AUGGUGAGUGUAAUGGUUGUUGGACCAACUGAUGUGGGAAAGUCAACAGUAUGUCGAGUGUUGCUGAACUAUGCUGUGCGACUGGGCCGAAGGCCUACGCUGGUCGAACUGGAUGUCGGCCAGAGCAGCGUCUCUGUGCCUGGAACUAUGUCAGCUCUGUGCAUCGAGCGUCCUGCUGAUGUAGAAGAAGGUUUCUCUGUGCAGGCUCCGCUUGUCUUUCACUUUGGCUCUACCACACCAGGAACAAACAUCAAACUUUACAACAAGCUGACUUCCAGUCUUGCAGAAGUGUUUUCUCAGCGCUGUGAGGUGAACCGCAAGGCUAGUGUGGGUGGCUGUAUAAUCAACACCUGUGGCUGGGUCAAAGGUUCAGGCUACCAGGCUCUGGUCCACUGCGCCCCAGCUUUCCAGUCUGGCGGCGUGGUGGAGCGCUCCAAGGACUGCCCCCGAGAGUCAUGGGACGAAAAGAUCCGGGAAUACUUCUACGGCUUCCGUGGAUCUUCCUUUUAUCCUCAUGCUUUUGAUGUGUGCUUUUCAGAUGUGCGUAUUUACAAGAUCGGUGCACCCUCAAUUCCAGACUCCUGUCUCCCUCUGGGUAUGUCCCAGGAUGACACCCAGCUCAAACUCGUCCCAGUCAGCCCUGGCAGGGAUUUAACCCACCAUGUGCUGAGUGUGAGUUCAGUGGAUGAUGAUGCCGAGGUGGGUGCAGGACAGAGCAGGGGGAUUUUAGAGAGUCCUGUGUGUGGCUUCGUAGUUGUGACAGCGGUGGACACACAAACUCAGGUGAUGACUGUACUCUCACCAGCGCCCAGACCCCUGCCGCGACACACUCUGCUCAUUAUGGACAUUCGUUUCAUCGACCUUAAAUAG